GCUGUCCCCGUGCGCUCUCAGAAACAUCGCGAGCGUCUAACAACGCUGACGUUUCUUUCAUACACGCAAAAACAUAAAACAAACAUUAAAACAAAGACAAUAAACAAUCAUACAAAAACAAUUUCGUGAAUUAUAAAUCGUACGGAGCUCACAUAACAGUGUUUGUGUAAUAGUGUUGUGCCCAUACGGGAACGAUGUGACAGUAUAAUUAACGAAUUCUAAUUCGUUGGUGAGAGUGGUGACAAAGUGUUGAAUCGAUUUUUUUUUCGCACUCGUGAUUCAUAUUUAAUAUUAUGGAAACACGUAAUUAUUGGGAGGAGAACGGACAUCCCGUUAAAUAUGACAACUACAACUCAAACGACGGCUUCGGGCGCACAGGCGAGCCGCUCAGCUUCGCGCCGCCGUCGGAGGACGAGGCGGAGUACCCGGCCGGCGCCUACCUCAAGAAGGGGAAGGUCUCGAGGCAAGACCCAAUGUCUCACCGCAUCAUAGAGAAGCGCCGCCGCGACCGCAUGAACAACUGCCUGGCGGACCUGUCGCGCCUCAUCCCCGCGGAGUAUCUGAAGAAGGGCCGCGGAAGAGUCGAGAAGACCGAGAUCAUCGAGAUGGCGAUACGGCACCUCAAGUUCUUGCAGGACCGCGUUAAUGCCGCCGAGCGACAAGCGGGCGAGGAAUUCCGCGCUGGCUAUCAAGAGGCCGUGGCGGAGGCAGUACGCUUUCUCGUCGAGGUCCAAGGCUUCGGACCAGGGGACGGGCUAUGCGUUCAGCUCGCUUCACAUAUGCAGCGACAUUGCGAUGCUGUUACCAAAGGAGAUGCUAUGACACGUAGUGACAAGUCGAGGUCGUCGAAUCCCGGGUCAUCUUCAGAGACAACCAGUUCGUCAAGCAGUUCACACGGAUUUGCUGUAAAGGUUAUCCAGAGGCCUGAGCUGCCACCUGCCUUCCCAGUUGAGUCCUAUGAACAGGAGCGGCCGGCGGCUGGGCCUCAAUAUCCUAUGGAGUGUGAAAGAGUACAAAAUCUAGCGGCACCAGAAGCCGAAAGCCAGGAACCCUUACCCCUGGAUGGUCGGAUCAAACGCGAGGCGUUGCGCAAAGUGCGCAAGAUUGAACACUCGGACGAUUAUCUCCAUUCCUAUAAGUUCAAGAACUCUAUAGAGAGGCGAUUUAGCAGAUCGCAAGAUACUGAGGCGGCGGACUGUCCUCCACACAACGGGGUUAACGGCGCGACUCACGGCAAGCCUUAUGCGCAUAAGCGACGGCGUGCCGUCAAGCCUGCGCCCUCUGCUCCCACCUCCGCAUCUACGUCCACUGAGGAUACCUCGCCACAGGACACGUCAAGCGAAUCCCCUCAUAACCACCACUACGACAAGCCUCCACCGCCGACGCAAUAUGUGCCAGUCUUCGCUCUCAAUUCAUUAGGGAAAUACUACGUGCCACUAAGCGUAGAGUACGCUUGCAUAGCGCGCCAGCUCGGUGCCAUGGACUCGGAGACGCGUCCCAUCACGGCGUUACAUCCUGUCACAAUACAUGUCAACUUCCCCUGUCUCAACUACCACGUGAAGCGCGAGCCAGUUGAACGGCAGUGGCGACCAUUGUAAACUUGUGCAGCCACACUUGGAUUAUUAUGCUGUUUAACUUAUUGUUAUCACGAUAGACUCAAAAAAGGCUCCAGUCACCCUAAGUGAGAGUUGGGAUUAUCUCAUUUAAUUGGCUGAAUUUAUGGUAUUCAUGUUGCAGCUGUACAUUUUAGUGAAUAGUGAAAGAGUGUCAGCCAAUCGGUAAUCGCGAUCGUCGCACUGAAACCUUAGAUCUACGGCGCAAGUUCAGCGGGUAGCUAAAAUACCUGUGAGUACAAGAGAAGAAUCCACAAUAAAGACUAAAGAGGUGGAGGAUGUAUAUCUCGACAAAAUUGCCAACUUUUCCGGAUGGAUUUAGAAGAAGAACCCCUAUUAUGUGCUUACUCACUGUUCUCAUUAUGUCAGCGUCAGAAGGAAAACUUAACAAUAUCUUUUACAUGUUAUGCAACUAGAAUAAAUGGGUAGAACUUGGUUUUUAAUAAAUCCAAAGUCAACAAUGUAUUGGAGGGAUUUUCAUAUACCUAAGAAAUAAAGUUAACAUCGGAUGAUCCGUGUGCUCGUUUGCUCGCAAUUUGAAAAUAAAUCCGACUGAGAACUACUUAUAUCGGCAUACAGUUCAAAAUCGUACCAAAUCUUAUUUUAAUACUAUUUCAGUAUAAAAAUGUAAUAUGUAACUACUUAAGUCUUUUCGCAAAUUGUGAAGUAUGCUAUCUUUAAUAAACGUGCCAAAAAUGUAUUCUGUGCAAUGCUGCUGGUACAGCUAUGUACCUAUUUAAAUGUUUAAUUUAAUUGAUAACUAAU